CUGGCCCAGCCAGGCCUGGCCUGGGGCAAAGGCGGGAAGAUCGGGGAUGGGCAAGGCAGAUUGGCAGCGGACCGUGGAGGCGGAGUCCGACCCCCAGGCGGCGCGGGAUAUAAGGAAGAUGCCUCUCGCCGGCCGGGCUGGCAACCAGCGAGUCCCCGACGGCUGCGGACAGCGGGAGAUCUUUCGGGAGCGCCCAAGAGGAUGGAGGUGUACAGCAAAGCGGAGACCCUCGCACUGCGGCAGAAACUCAUCGGGCCAUCAUGCAAAGUUUUCUUUGCUAAAGAUCCCAUUAAGAUUGUGCGGGCUCAUGGACAAUAUAUGUUCGAUGAGAAUGGAGAAAAAUACUUGGAUUGCAUUAACAAUGUAGCACACGUUGGACACAGCCAUCCUGAUGUAGUCAAGGCUGCAGUGAAACAAAUGGAGCUGCUUAAUACCAAUUCUCGAUUCCUGCAUGACAAUCUGGUCCAGUACGCCAAACGCCUCACAACUACCCUACCAGAGAAGCUUUCUGUUUGCUACAUUGUGAACUCUGGCUCUGAAGCAAAUGACCUUGCUUUGCGCCUGGCUCGGCAGUACAGUGGUCACUAUGAUGUGAUAACCCUUGACCAUGCUUAUCAUGGUCACGUGACUUCCUUGAUUGAUAUCAGUCCAUAUAAAUUUAAUCAGCUGGGAAAAGAGGCCAAAAAGGAAUUUGUACAUGUGGCCCCUUCCCCAGAUAUUUACAGAGGGAAGUAUAGAGAAGAUCAUGAAGAUCCAGCAGGUGCAUAUGCUGAUGAUGUGAGAAAUAUUAUCGAAAAAGCUCAAAAGAAUGGCCAUAAGAUUGCUGCCUUUAUUGCUGAAUCCAUGCAGAGUUGUGGAGGCCAAAUAAUUCCACCUGCAGGCUAUUUCCAGAAAGUGGCACAAUUUGUCCACAAAGCAGGAGGUGUUUUCAUAGCAGAUGAAGUCCAAGUUGGAUUUGGUCGAGUUGGGAAGAAUUUCUGGGCAUUCCAGCUGCAAGGGGAAGACUUUGUGCCUGACAUUGUCACUAUGGGGAAGCCCAUUGGCAAUGGCCAUCCAAUGUCUUGUGUUGUUACAACAAGAGAAAUUGCAGAGGCCUUUAGUGCCUCGGGGUUAGAGUACUUCAAUACUUUUGGUGGCAACCCGGUAUCUUGUGCAAUUGGUCUGGCUGUCUUGGAUAUAAUAGAACAGGAAGAUCUACAGGGUAAUGCCACACAUGUUGGAAACUAUCUCUUUGGACUACUCAAGGAACAACAGAAAAAGCAUUCAUUGGUGGGAGAUGUCAGGGGUGCUGGCUUAUUUAUUGGUGUGGACCUUGUGAAAGAUCAAAUAAGGAGAACCCCAGCUACUGCUGAAGCCCAGCAUAUCAUUUACAAGCUGAAAGAAAGGAAGAUCCUUCUGAGUGCAGAUGGGCCUUACAGGAAUGUCUUGAAAUUUAAGCCACCCAUGUGCUUCAGCAUGGAAGAUGCAAAGUUUGUAGUUGAGCAAAUUGAUGAGCUCCUUACAGAUUUAGAAAAAGCAACGCAAAUCACGGCUAAAAACAGUCUACCUACAAAUACACAGUCUAAAAGAAAAUUGCCUACUGGUGGGAGUUCCCAGUUAGAAUUCAACAAUGAAAACAUCAGUCCAAUUAAUGGUACCAUCUGCAGACAUGAAAAUGGAUUUUCUGGUGAAAGCCAUACAGUGCCUUGUAAAAGAAUUAGGACGUGAAACGAAAGGAUUUCCUGUAUAGCUGAUCAUGUUUAAAGAAAAAUGGCUUCAGUCUACUAUUACUUAUAACUCAUUAUAUAUGAUGAGAAAUACCCAUUUUUACCUAUAGCCAAUAUUUGGAGCAUCACAUUUUGCAGUACUAUUUUCUUAGACAAAAUUAGUAUUGCCUUCUUUGCUUGAGAUGCCAUGGAUAUAUUUUGACUGUUCUUUUUUGACAUUUCAAAUUUAAACAUUAAUGAUGUCUCACAUUUUAAUGAUGAAUGUAUAAUCCUAUGCCUUACAAACAUAUAACUUGUACUUCUCAAAAGUAGUCGAACAAAAGGAUACAUGGAAGAAUCUGUGAUGCUGGGUACAUUUUUAAGACUUAUAAAAUUAAGUCCCACCAAAAAGGCUUCUUCUGAUUUGUGAAUCAGAUGAUAGGUCUUGUUGUGUUUGUAUUUGUGUAUAUAUGAGAGAGAAAAUAAAUUGUGAUUCCUUAUGUAUACAAUAUGGAAAAUUACAUGGCUUAUAUUCAACUUUGGAUUUGUGUUAGUAUCAUGUAGUAUGAUAAAACCUCGUUAAACUUGACUUAACAUUUUGAUGUACUAUGACAUUAUUGUAUUCAUUUUAGAGGAUGUUUGUCAAUUGUUUCUUUAAUGUUAUCAGUAUUCUUUUAUCACUCUAAUUGAUCAUUAGGUAGUUUUUUAUUUGUUUAUUUCAAAGAAUAAAAUUAUUUAACCAUA